CGAUUCCUGCGGCGAAAGAAUCGUAAAUAAUUAGUAAUAAACGUUUAUUAAAAACACCCAGCCUAUACACACAUCUAACAUCAUGGAAGAGGUCGAACUGCCAAAACUAGAAAAUGACCAAAAAUCAUACGCGGGCAUCCCGGAGGCUGUGUUUCUCGACGAUGUAGAGCAGUUCAUGAAAGAUUCCGGCAACGAAGAAAGCGUUGAGAAAGUGCUGAAAAACUUUGACGAACAACACAACAAGUACCGCUUCAUGGAGUACAACAUGAUCUCGCGCAGACGGCGGCUAAGGCAGCAAAUCCCGGAUCUUACAAAAAAUCUGGAAAUGAUCAAAAUCUUACGCGAGCAAACCGACGACCAGGAAACGCAGUUCCUGCUCAGUGAGCAGGUCUUCGUGAAAACAACGAUGCCGCCCACGAAAACCGUUUGCCUGUGGCUGGGUGCUAACGUGAUGUUGGAGUAUCCACUCGAUGAGGCGGAGGAAUUGUUGCGCCUGAACAAGAAGUCAGCAGAGGUGAACCUUCGAUGCUUAGAGCACGAUCAGGAAUUUUUGCGCGAUCAAAUCACCACAACCGAGGUAAACAUGGCCCGUGUGCAUAACUAUGAUGUAAAGAAGCGGCAAGCGAAAAAAGCCUCGGGCGACGAAAAACCUUAGAUAAGCCGUAGGUUGCACAAAAGUCACGGUAUAACACAGCGGAAUGGAAAUAAAAUUGCAUU